AUGGCCAUGUCGCGCUCACGCCCUCGACACCGCAUGUCUUCCGCUUCCAACUCCUCCUCAUCCUCCUCCUCUCCCGAACGCGAAGUAGACGAUGACAACGACUCCUUCAUGCAACAGGCCAACGACUCCCAGUCCUCCCUCGGCAUGGACACCUCAGACGACAGCUCCGAAGACGCUGCCGCCCGUCGCGCACACGAACAAAGAUGCCGCGUGUCGCCUGUUCACCGCUUGCCCGCCGAGCUGUUGAUCGCCAUCUUCGCCCGCCUCAACUCCCCCGCCGACCUACAAAGAUGUCUGCUGGUGUGUAAAGAGUGGGCGAGGAAUAGCGUGGGACUGCUCUGGCAUAGACCUGCUAUGAGCAACUGGGAGAACAUUCACACGGUGGUGCGCUCGAUCCGCAAGGCCGACAAGUUCUUUGCCUAUCAGGAUUUGGUCAAACGACUCAACAUGUCCACCUUGACCACCGAUGCCAGCGACGGCACGCUGAUGGGCAUGAGCGAGUGCAAACGCAUCGAGCGCCUGACCCUGACCAACUGCUCCAAACUCACGGAUCUGAGUGUCCAGCCGCUGGUGGAUGGCAAUCGUAGCCUGCUUGCCCUCGACGUGACCAGCCUGGAACAACUCACCGAUCGCACCCUGAGUACCGUCGCCGAAAACUGUCUCCGUCUGCAGGGUUUAAAUGUCACGGGCUGCAGGAAGAUCAGCGACGCGGCCAUCGCAAACAUCGCGCGAAAUUGCCGUCAUCUGAAGCGGCUCAAGUUCAACAACUGCGCCCAGCUCACCGACACCUCCAUCAUGAUCAUUGCCGCGCACAGCACGCAUCUCCUCGAAAUCGACCUCUACGGCCUGCACCGUCUUGAAUCGCCUGCAGUCACUGCGCUCCUAACCUCCUGCCCACACCUCCGGGAAAUGCGGCUUGCGCAUUGCACCCGCAUCACCGACUCGGCCUUCCUCGAUCUUCCUCCCGGCCUAGACACGCCCCUGACCUUCGACGCCCUCCGCAUCCUCGAUCUCACCGACUGCAACGAGCUAGGCGACAAGUCUAUCGAGAAAAUCAUCCAAUGCGCCCCGCGCCUUCGUAACUUGAUCCUCGCCAAGUGCCGCCACAUCACCGACCGCGCCGUCUUCGCCAUCACGCGUCUCGGCAAGAAUCUCCACUACAUCCACCUCGGGCACUGCAAUCGCAUUACUGACGCAUCGGUGGAAGCGCUGGCGAAGAGCUGCACUCGUAUCAGAUACAUUGAUCUCGCUUGCUGCAAUAACCUCUCGGACGUCAGCGUGAUCAAGCUGGCUGGUUUGCCGAAGUUGAAGCGGAUUGGCCUGGUCAAGUGCGCUGGCAUUACGGAUCACAGUCUGAACGCUCUUGCCAUGGGCGAGGUGCGGAAUGGAAGGCGAUUGGGUGGGGUGAGUGUGUUGGAGCGUGUGCACCUUAGUUAUUGCACGCUUUUGACAGUAGAGGGCGUCCACACCCUCCUCUCUCACUGCCCGAAACUCACCCACCUCUCCCUCACGGGCGUUCAGGAAUUCCUACGCGACGAGCUGCUCUCCUUCUGCCGCCGAGCGCCCCAGGAGUUCAACGACCACCAGCGCGAUGUCUUUUGCGUAUUCUCCGGCAACGGCGUGCGAGAUCUGAGACAAUACCUCGACGCCCAGCGAACACAAGCAGCCAUUGUAGCCGCUGCGACUGCCGCCGCAGCCGCUGCACAGGGCCCAGGCGAAGGCAGCGUCACGAUGGGCGAAGGGAGCGACCUGGGAGACGGAGACGACAGAGACGCACACAGCGUUAGCGGAGAGGACGGGACGAUGAUGGUCAAUGUGCACCCCAACCUCUUCCACGCCGCUGGCACUGCGCCUGCGGUUUCUGCGCCUACCGCUGCAGGUGGUGGGAAUGGGGCCGGUGGUGCCAUGCAUUAUCCUGCUCUCCCGGGCCAGACGUACACAUGGCAGCCGCAGCCGCAUCAUCAGCAUCAACAUCAUUGGACCCAUCAGCAACCGCAGUAUCCGCACUACGCUCAGUAUCACGCAACAGGCAACAACGCCAACACGAGCACAACGACAACCGCCGGCCCCGCAAAUCUCAGCUCCAGCGCCCCCGCUUCUACCACAGGCGGCCCAUCCGGUGCCUUCCUGUGGAAUGGCCCGCCCGCACCCCCGCCGCAUCUCUCCCACCACCCUCUCGCCGCUGCCGCCGCCGCCGGCACUGCCGGCCCUGCCGCUGGCGGCGGAGGAGCGCAGCAUGUGACGGGCAUGAUGGGCGCGGCGAUGCUGGAUGAUGUCGACGAGGCUUUUGGCGAGGAGGAGGAGGAGAGUGAGAUGUUGGGCGAUUAG